AUGGUCAAAUGGACCAACACAACAUGCAAGCCCAAGUUUUUAAGGGACAAUCUGUGGGCCUACUGCAAGAAGGACAUGUUAAUGUGUUAUCACUGCUCAGACAAUGGCAUGCAAGACUCUUAUCUGUGGUACAUCAACAAUUGGUACGCCAUGCAAGAUGCCAAAUGGGAGGAAGUGAAGGAGGCAUGCAAGAGGAUGGACGCCAUCCAGUGA